AAUGAAUAUUGAAUUCGUUGGUGAGGAAGGGGUAAGAGAAAUGAUUGAAAGGUUUGUGAAAUUGAUAAGACAUCAUCCUUAGCAUUGGGUCUGUGGAUUUUGGUUCCGUUCUGAUGCGUACUACUGGAAGUGUUAUUCAUCAAUCAAUCUCCGUCGGUGAAGGUUUUGGUUUUGGUGUUGUUUUAGCCAAUAGCUAUAACCAUGUCCACCACCACUAUUUCUUCUUCACCCCCCUUCUCUCUCCCUAUCCGUCACAAUUCUUCUUCUUCUAGGGUUUCACUUUUCAAUCCAACUAUCUCUUCUCCCUUUCCACUCCAAUCAUUCACCUUAUCUACUAACAAAUGGAGAGUUUUGUGUUUUAAACAUCGAAAUAAUCCAUCAGAGAGUACUGACUCUGAGUUUAAAGAAGAUAAAUUAUCACAAGAUUCAGUCAAGUUUAAAGGUGACGAGCCGAAAGACUUGAAGAAAAAAGAUUGGCUUACUGCUCUUCACACGAUUAUACAUACCGUUCUUAGUGUUGAACCCUGGAAAGUUCCUUGGACAGCAAAGACCAUUGUUCAGGUUAUGCUCCUUUGGAUUUGCUCUUUUUGGUUGGUAGGUUCUUGGAUAGUUCCGUUUUUAGCUUACACAGCAGGGAUUAGAAAAGAAACACUUUCAUACAGAGGCCAAGCAUUGUACAGUCUCUUGACAGAUGUUGCCGAAGGUAUGGUUGGGAUAGCAAUACUUCAUCGCUGUCUUGAAAAGUUUAAACCACUCUCGUCUGACUGGUUCAAAUUUGAACUCAAAGGGAAGUGGCAGUUUGAUGUCGGUUUGGGCUGCCUCAUGUUCCCCCUCAUCAAUCAUCUGUCCCAAAUGAACCUAAAUUUGUGGCCUGUUCUUCAAUAUGCUCCAGUUACGGUCUCGAGUGUAGAGCAAUCCAUUGUAGCACGAGACCCUGUGGCAAUGGCCCUCUAUGCUGUGGUAGUUUCAGUUUGUGCCCCGAUAUGGGAGGAGAUUGUGUUUCGUGGUUUCCUUCUCCCAUCUUUAACCAGGUACAUGCCUGUGUGGAGUGCGGUAUUAGUUAGCUCAGUAGCAUUUGCCUUCGCACAUUUUAACAUUCAGAGGAUGCUGCCACUUGUAUUUCUUGGCAUGGUGAUGGGUGCUGUAUUUGUACGGUCUAGGAACCUCUUACCAUCAAUGUUGUUGCAUAGUUUGUGGAAUGCUUUUGUAUUUCUCGAUCUCAUGAAAUGAUAUAUAUAUAUAUUUUUUGCUCUUCUUUA